AAAGCUCUUUUUUUUAAAGACCACAUUUACAUAGCCAAUGGGUCCUAUUGCCUUGCAUCACAAUGCCAUUGGAUAGUAAAUGUGUAAAUAGGUCUGGCCAUAAGGCCUUGAACUCAUUUUACCUGCAAACGUUCCUGAAAGUGCAUCUCCUUGUUUCAUUCGACUGGAUAUAUCAACAUUGAAAAUGACAUCAGCAAGGAGAGUUGUGUACUGCACUGUGCAAGAUGUCAUUGAUACUAUCCAAAAUGGAGAGAGUGAUGCUGACAUUGAAUCAUACACCAGUGAUUCAAGUGAUGAGGAGGUGGUUGAAAAUGUUGAGGAAGUGGACAAAGAGAGUCAGAGACCCACUGAUUGUCCAGCUGAUGAUGAUGAUGAGGACAUUGAGCCAACCAAACGAAGUCAACCAACUAAACAGACUAUCCCCCGGGACCGGUAUCGCUGGGUGAAAAAGGAUUUCAUCAGUCCUAAUAUUGAUUUCUCUGGUCCGGACGAGACAAGUGAUGAUGUUUCCCUCCACACACCACUGGAGUACUUCCAGAUGUUUGUGUCAGAAGACAUGUUUCAGGCUUUGACAGAACAAACUAAUCAGUACAGCUUUCAAAAGACUGGAACAACUAUAAAAACAAACACCAAGGAAAUUGAACAGAUGAUUGGCAUGUACCUGAAGAUGGGCCUGAUGCAAAUGCCUGGUGUCCGUAUGUACUGGGAGUCAGACAAGCGGUACACCCCUGUUUCUGAUGUGAUGUCAUGCCACAGGUUCCAAUCUCUGCUGACAUCAUUACAUUUUGUCAACAACUUGACAAUGAGAGAGCAUGAAGAAAGACAAACUGUGGAAACUCAGACCAUGGCUUGA